UGUCUGUCACGUGACGGGUGAUGGCUCGCUGCAUGGGGAUGGUGCUGUUUUAAUUGUGUGCUGGGGGCUUGCAGAAGGGUAAUUUGGAAAUGUUAGCAAACGAGAUGGGUAAAAGUACGUCCUAGCAACUAGACCCAAAUUAAAAACAAUGCAUGUUUAGGUAUGUACGAGCGUGUGUGGAGGUUGCAUUGAAGUGACGUGCUGACCGGGUGGUCGCUGCGCGAAAGGCCUUUUUUUUCACUCGCUUUUUCAGAAUCAGCAAUACAGAGUAAGCGCUGGACUGCAUACACAUUACAAAACAUUUUUACCAAAAUGAAGAGGGUUAACAGUUUUCAGAGGUUCAUGAACUCUCGAGCUGCAGCUAACUGUCGUUACCAGCCCACUGGUUAUGAACACGCUGCUAAUUGCUACACGCAUGCGUUCCUCAUAGUACCUGCUUUCGUGGGCAUGACCCUGCUCUAUCGCCUCUCGGAUGACAGCUGGAAGAAGAUCACAGCCUGGAUUUAUGGCAUGGGUCUCUGCACGCUGUUCCUCGUUUCCACAAUAUUCCAUAUCAUAUCAUGGAAAAAGAGCCACAUGAGAAGUGUGGAGCAUUGUUUUCACAUGUGUGACAGGAUGGUCAUCUAUUUCUUCAUUGCUGCCUCCUAUGCACCAUGGCUCAACCUUCGUGAACUUGGACCUUUAGCUUCACACAUGCGAUGGUUUAUCUGGUUAAUGGCAGCUGGAGGAACAAUUUUUGUGUUUAUGUGCCAUGAAAAGUAUAAGCUUGUCGAGCUGCUCUUCUAUCUAACAAUGGGUUUUUUUCCUGCUUUGGUUGUGAUGUCAAUGCAUAACACAGAGGGGCUUCAGGAGCUGGCUUGGGGAGGUUUGCUGUACUGCCUCGGAGUGGUUUUCUUCAAGAGUGACGGGCUCAUUCCCUUUGCACACGCUAUCUGGCAUGUCUUUGUAGCAAUCGCAGCGGCUGUACAUUACUAUGCCAUUUGGAAAUAUCUGUACAAAAGCCCUUUAACAGACCUCAUCAGAGAUUUAUGAAAAGAGGUUCCAGUUGCAUUGCGUGACUUUUUUUCAUCCUUUAUAAAGAUGCACUGGUCCUGAUUGAUCUCCCCUUCCCUUUUUCUACUGUGAACGUUGUUUUCCAUAUACAGUGGGCCGCAUUGCAGUUUUCCCCCAGUACCACAGCUAAAUCGCACGGUAACUUGAAGCAAGUCAUUUUCUACCACAGUUAUGUCAACUCAGUACUUCAUUUUUCCAGGACUUUUAGGAAUGCACUUGGCUGUAUACCGUUCAGGUUUGUUUAAUCUCUUAGGGACUGUAUUUUUAAAUGAUUGUUUUUCAUUGUCAUCAAGGCUCGUACUGAGUAGUAUAGGCUGUAUUAGGUUUACUGGUUUUACUGGGAAACUCUUCCCAUGGACCCACUGUAUCUACAGUAAGGAUGUAGCACUGUGUCUAAUAUUAGACUAUUCAAAUCAACACUGCUUCAGGUUAUUUUAAAGUGGAAAGAAAAUUAGCAGGUUUGUAAAAACUAAUUUCUAUGCAUCUUUAUCAAAGUACACCAUGUGUAGAAUGUGGGAAAGAAAGUAAAUAAUAUUCAAAUAUAAGAAAUUCAUUUUUGUUCUAACACUAACGAAAUUGGACUCAACUAUUCUUAGACUAAAAAGGCAUAACCAGCAGCCAAAAAGUUGAGGUCACAUAACACGUGUAUUGUUUACUGUUUUAUAAACAUCACAGGUGUGGCGUUUUUAGAGCUGUUUCUACGAGCUAUGAUAUGCAGAGCCGAUAAAAAUGACCUUUUUAUGUACAUUUUAAAUUGGUCUAAAUAAAUGCUAACAAAGGCGACGUUUAACCUUAUUGAGUAUAAAAGUGUUUAGGAUUGAAUUGUCUAAAACGAAAACAUAAAACAUAUUUUUCUUUCCCAUUACAAGCAUGUGAUUACAAAAAAAUAAUAAAAUGCAAAGUUUACUGCAGCUGUGUCAUAACGUUAACAUGCACAUCUACAGAACAGAUUCCUGAGAACACGGGCUGGGAGAGACAUUCCACACGCUAACAGUGUACCUAUUCUUUUUUUAAAUUUUUUAUACGAGGUUGUAUUCAGUACUAACGCCUUACAGGAGAGACCUGCUCGUACAAAUGACUUUCCCAACCACUUUUGUCUGCGUUUGUUUAUUAUUACUGUUAUAUUAUACCGGAUCAGUAUUGAACCAAGUGUCUCUGGCUAGUUAUGCGUGCAGUUGUUAUAAACAGUUAUAGGAAAGAUUUUCGAUUGGCUCCUAAUGGGUGAAACCAGACGGGAGGGCAGAGGUACUGUCCUGGGACUGGUGUUAAUGUUUUAAUGUGUCUCUUUACAAUAAGUGUUGUUAAUUCAGAUGCAAUUGCAUUAUAAACUGAAUUACAAAUCUUUAGAGUUUAAUUAUAUAUAUAAAGUUUGUAGUGGUUUUGCACAAAAACAGUGGUGCACAGGAAACAACCUGAACUUAUCUGCUCCAUUAGUUUACUGUUUUUAAUCCUGCACUUAACCCAAUCUGUACUAUUUUAUAUUUCACCUGCACUCCUAUCUAACCCUGGUGUAACUAUCAGCACUUAUCUGCUCUUGAACUGCCCCGAUAUCAAAUCAUACUGUGUUUUGUACUUGCUCUUAUUAGGACUAAAGCCAUCGUAUUUUGUAUCUUGAUCUUAAUUGUACUGUAAUUCUUGAUAUGUACUUUUUAUAAUCAACUGUAAGUUGCCCUGGGUAAGGGCAUUUG